AUGACUGAUUUGAAAAAUCUCAAAAUUAGACGUCAAGGAACCAUUGCCGUUGUAGAAUUUAAUCAAGAAAAUGCUAAAGUCAACACAUUAUCACAAGCGAUGAUGAACGAAUUUGUGCCAUUGUUUACUCAUUUGAGAAAUGAUGAAAAUGUUCAAGGAAUCGUUGUUAUCUCAGCGAAACCCGGCUCAUUUAUUGCUGGAGCAGAUAUCAAUAUGCUUGAAUCUGCUAAAUCACGUGAUGAACUUUAUGAAAUGUCACGUCGCGGACAAGAAGUUAUGGAUCAAAUUGAACAAUCAUCAAAACCGAUUGUCGCAGCGAUCGCUGGUUCAUGUCUGGGCGGUGGAUUUGAAGUCGCUUUGGCGUGUCACUAUCGUGUUGCAUUGAAUGAUAAAAGAACUACAUUUGGUCUACCGGAAGUCAAAUUAGGAUUAUUACCUGGUGCAGGGGGUACACAAAGACUUUUACGAGAACUUUUGUUAACGGAUGCUCUCGAUCUUCUGUUAACUGGAAGAGAAAUCAAACCAAAACAAGCGAAAGCACUUGGUUUAAUCGAUGUUCUAGUCGAACCUGUCGGCACGGAUGAAGACAACAUCGAGCAUUUAUGUGCAAUUGCCAUAGAAAAAGUCAAUCAACAAAUUUCAAAAGGACUGAGUCAUCGACAACCUAGUCUCAUGGAAAAUAUUAAGUCUAAGAUAAUAUCGAAUAGCCACGUUCGCAAUUAUAUAUUAUCGCAAGCACAAGCGAAAGUGAUAGCACAAACUCAAGGCGUGUAUCCUGCACCGUUGAGAAUUCUUGAUGUCAUCAAGCAAACGCUCGAGCGUGGUACAACAGUUGGAUUCAAUGCGGAAGCAGAAGCUUUUGCGGAUCUUGGUAUGACCAACGAGUCGAAAGCAUUGAUUAGUUUAUUUCAUGGACGCACUGAAUGUAAAAAGAACAAAUAUGGGAAAGCACAAAGAGAAGUCAAGACAUUUGCUAUUGUUGGCGCUGACCCAAUUGGUUCAGGAAUCGCAAAUGUGUCUAUUGACAAAGAUUUGCAAGUGAUUCUACAGGACUCAUUAUCAGAUUCCCUUUCUCGUGCUCGAUCGCAAAUAGAAACCACUUAUCAGAACUCCGUCAAACGAAACCGGACUACACAAGCUGAUUACUCUCGAAUAUUGUCACACUUAAAAUGUCAAACAACAUUCGAUGGUUUUGACCAAUGCGAUUUUGUCAUUGAAGCAGUUUUUGAAGAUGCUCGACUAAAACAAAAGAUUCUUGAUCAACUCGAACAACUCAUUCCAGAACAUUGCAUUUAUGCUUCGAACACAUCGACAAUAUCGAUACACGAAAUUGCUGUACAGAGUCAUCGUCCGGAGAAGGUUAUUGGCAUGCAUUAUUUUUCUCCGGUUGAAAAAGUUGAAUUACUGGAAAUUGUUCGAACUAGACAAACAUCCGAUGACACGGUUUGUUCCGCAAUCAAUCUUGGUCUCAAACAAGGCAAACUCGUGAUCGUAGUUAAUGAUGGACCUGGGUUUUAUACAACAAGAUUAGUGAUAUUCGCCUGCGUGGAAAUACUUUCUUUGCUUAAAGAAGGAUUAACACCAAAAGAUAUUGAUCACGUGACGAGAAAAUUCGGUUUUCAUAUCGGUUUAGCGAGUUUACUGGAUGAGUUCGGUAUUGAUAUUAUUGCUGGUUGUGUUUAUCGUUUCCGGGAGAUUUUUGGCGAACCUCUUAUUGACUCGUCUAUCAUUCAGCUAUUACAAAUAUUCGUAAAACAUAAACUGUUUGGUAGAAAAUCAGGACAAGGGCUAUAUAUCUAUUUCAAAGAUAAUAAGAAAGAGAAUAAUCCGAAGAUCAGAGAGAUAUUGAAGAAUAUUUCGAUCGAGAAAAAAGAAAGAUCAACAAUGGAACAUAUUCAAUGGCGUAUAGCCCUUCGUCUGCUGAAUGAAGCUGCCCGUUGUCUCGAAGAAAAUAUCAUCACUUCACCUACUGAUGGUGACAUAGGUGCUGUAUUCGGUCUUGGUUUUCCUCCAAUGAAAGGCGGUCCAUUUCACUUCAUGGAUACCUUCGGUAUUUUUAAUAUAGUCGAUUUAAUGUACAACUAUCAAUUGAAGUAUGGUGACCGUUUUGCUCCGACACAAUUGUUAAUCAACAUGUCUCAAGAGAAUAAAACAUUUUAUCCGUAA